AUGGCUUCUGUUGCAAAGACCAUCGUCGCCACAGGCCUCUCCUCGGGCAUUGGCCUGGAAGUGCUGAAACAGCUCCUGGAGCAGGCCACUCCUUACAAAGUCAUCCUUGGAGCGCGAGACAUCAAAGCCGCCAGUGAUGCCGUUGCCCGUCUUCAGUACGACAAGACGGCCAAUGCCGUGGCCGUACUGCCCCUCGAGUUGGCCAACUUGAAAACGGUCAAGGCUUUUGCUCAGCAGGCGCUGGACAGUGUCGGCGGCGGCAAGAUUGAUUAUUUGCUCCUGAACGCCGGCAUGUUCAAACCUGCGGACAAGGAGUCUCCUGGGAAGUGGUGCGAGGCGGCUGUUGUGAACCACUUUUCUCAGCAUUAUUUGACGCACUUGCUUCGCGAGAAGCUUGUUGCCUCCAAGGCGCGAAUUGUCGUCGUUUCUUCUGGUGCUAUUCGCAAUGUUGAAGAUCCUGCCGUCCUUGAAGCAAGGCUUGCCAAUGGUUCCGGAGCCGACGGCUACUCUGUCUAUGCCGGCAGCAAAUUCACCCAACUACUCGGAGCGCAUUGGUGGCGUCGCCAGCUCAAGGGCCAGUGUGACGUUGUGGCUGUUUCGCCGGGACUGAUUCCCAACACUGGCCUUGGGCGCGGUUCAGGCUUCCAGAUUCCCCCGAAUUUGCCUGAUGCCAAGUCGGUGCCCGAGGGUGCACAGAGCGUUAUCGCGGCAUUGUCUCGUAGUGACUUUCCAGAGGAUUCAGGUCGCAUUUUCUUGACGAGUUGGGGCGAGUGGUGGGACAAGGAUGUAAUUGGAAAGACUCUCGACAAGGAGCUGCAGGACAAGUGGUGUCCCGGCAAGGAGGUAUCAGAGAGGGAUGCUGGUCUUGUGCCAUGA